AAUCACAAUGCAAAUUAUAAAUUGAUGAUUAACAACAAGAACAACGUCCAUGAAUCACAUCAAACGGCUCAAACCUCCCACAUUCGACGGCUCAAAAUCUCAAUCGCCAGACCAAAAAGCAAAUGUAAAGCGAAGUCGUACUACAACCAAAAUUAAAUAAACAAAUUGCCCAUCAUUAUCAUUUUUCCGUUUAUUUUUCCCUCUAUAUUUUCUAGGUUCAUUUUUAAAAGUUUAAUUUUUUUGAGGGGUUUUUUCUUUCGAGGGGAUUUAAAAGUUUAAUUAGUUGUUGAGUGUUAGCUUAACUAAUGCCGAUUUGAUCGGAAGAGUGUAGACCCCACCCAUAUUCCCCUAAAUUUUAACGAAUUACCAUUGACUUAGCCGAAGAAGAAUCAGAGGAAGAAGAUGGGUUUACUGAGUCACAAGAUAGAGAGAGAGAAUAUCAAAUCUGGGGAUCACAUUUACACUUGGAGAGCCGUCUUCACUUACUCUCACCAUGGCAUAUUCGUUGGUGGAAGCAAAGUUGUUCAUUUUACUCCUGAUCGUGAUCGGAAUCUGAAAGCAGAGUCUUCUGACAAUUCUGAUCUUAUGAAGGACAAUUCUUCUUCUUCAUGUCCUACUUUCCCUGAUUGUGGAUUCAGGCAACCAAACAGUGGAGUUAUCCUCACCUGUCUAGACUGCUUUCUUGGCAACGGAUCACCUUACUUGUUCGAAUACGGAGUAACCCCAUCUGCCUUCCUUGCCAAAGUGAGGGGUGGAACAUGCACUACAGCCCAACCCGAUCCACCUGCAACUGUCAUCCACCGCGCAAUGUAUCUUCUCCAAAACGGGUUUGGGAACUAUGAUGUGUUCCAGAACAAUUGUGAGGACUUUGCAUUGUACUGUAAAACUGGUUUAUUGUUAGUUGAAAGACUAGGGGUUGGAAGAAGUGGUCAAGCGUCUUCUGUUAUCGGGGCCCCACUGGCCGCUCUUCUUUCCUCUCCUCUGAAGUUGUUGAUGCCAAAUCCUGUUGGUGUAGUUACUAUGACAGCUGGGAUGUACUGUAUGAGCCGUUAUGCUACUGAUAUUGGCGUCCGUAGUGAUGUCAUUAAGGUAGCCGUAGAGGACCUUGCUGUUAACCUCGGUUGGAAUGGGUCCGAGGAAGAAGAAAUCCCUGACCAGGAAUCUUCUACUGCACUGAUUACCCUGUGACAUUCAUAUUGAGCCAAGUACAUAUCUUCUCAUUAUAAUUCUCAAGUGUCAUAUUUGUGGCCGUAAUGAAUAAAUCUUUUUUGGUCACCUUGUUGAUAUUUAUCUCUGCUUAGAAAAGCUUUGUAUCUUUCAAGUGAAUCAAUGAAGUCAUGGGAGUUUGUAGCAGUCGGCAGCUUUUGUGUGAGAAUGUCUAACUGAAAAAACCGUUUUGAUUGUUUAACUAAUUGGUUUCAUUGCUUAA